UUGUAUUUCUUUUAAAUAAGAUAAAUUGUUUUAUACAGUCUAUGAUAAAAGGCUAUUUCAGGUUUUAAGAGAGAAAUAAAUUCAAUCGCUUUAGAUUAACUGGCGGCUGCCUGUUAAUAUCCCCAAUAACCCACAACGUUAUAAAUGUCGAGAUUUUUAGACCCUGUAUUAACGUUCUUGCUUGGUAAUAAGAAAGUUAGAGAAACAUUAUUAUAAUGUUUAAAUAGUUUGUUUCUUGAUCAUCCCCACAAUGUUUUUACAUGUUUACAGGUGACAUUUAAUUGUCUCUAUAGAGAAUGUGAAGCUGACGUCACGCCCUAUGUUGCCAUAUUGGGAGGUUAAUACUCCACUGCUGUUAUUGUUUUGAUAUGUAACUUUACUUGUUAUGUGUGAUAUAUGGAGAAAUCCUAAGUGAGAGAACCAUGGGCUUUUCCUGGACGACUCUGCGUAAUGUUAUUGCAGUUUUUAACACAGCAAGAUCGACCUACUGUAGUUAUAUUUCAAAACAAAACACUACAUUGUAACUAGGCUAAUUGUGUAAUAACAAAAUACAGAUAUCCUGAAUUGAAUACGCAUCUUGACAGUUUUAGCAUAAAAAUUGAUACAAAGUUCUGUAUUGUCAGAUCUUUGAGCAUCUCGGCAUGUUGGCUUGUUUUAAUUCUUUGUCACCUGAAUCCUUUGUCUACGAGAUUUCCUUCUGCACUAAAGAUUAAUUUCCACGACACUGACUAUUCAUUUAAUCUGCUCAUACUUUUAAAGAACAAACAUAAGUGUGGAAUCACAUGCGUGGCAUCGAGUCUUCUGGUGUUGUACCAUGAGAAAUAGUUAGUGAGUGAGCAAGUGUACAUCAGAUGUAGGCCUACACUCAAAAAUGUACACAAAAUGGCGGACACCCAAUAUAGUGCACAAUAAAGGGGAUAGGGAGUGGUUUCAGACACAGCUAUAGUCUUGUUAUAUUGAUACCUGCAGGUAGUGCUGGGCGAUAUAUAUCGCGGUUCAUGGUAAUUAUACAUGUUUAAAUAGAUUCUGAAACCGAUUUGAUAUUUAUGCACAGCUCUUCUGUGAACUACGGCUCUUUGAUCAGUAGGAGGUACUGCUCAAUCUCAAAUCACUCGAGUCGUUUAUAACGUGCAUUUGAAAAUGCAACACUCGUCAAACAUCAUAACUAUAAAUAUACUUAAUUAUCAUGAAAAUAUCUGAAAAGGUUUGAAAUACCGCGAUAAAAUAUGACCACUGGCAUUUCCUGCAAUUAAUUGUUCUUCUUCUGUUUCCCAUAUUUGGAAUUUCUGCGCAAGAGCGCCCUCUAGGUUUCGGAUGAGGCGGCAUUUAACCAUAAGUCAUUGAGAAACUGAGAGCAUAAGAAUCGCACAAUAUAUCGCCCAAGCAGGAUCUUUUCCUACGAAUUAUUCUACAAGGGGCUCUUGAUCCAAAAGUAGGACUAACACAAGGUGCAAAAGCAACUUAUGUGUGGACUUGCUGUAAAAAAAAUGGAGAUUGAUAAAGAGGAGAUUGAAGACAUAAGUGUUUCAGAUCCAUGCCAACUGAAAAAUGAAGAUACUAAGGAACAAACAGGUAUGAUGGAACUGAAAGAUGAAAGUGAUGAACUGAAUGGACUGGAGGAGACACAACAGUAUCAGAAACCUCAUCAUUUCAAACUGGAAGAAAUAUCUUCUGAUUGCUCGGAGAUGAAAAGUACUUCUUCAAAAACAAGGCAAAGCACGAAAACAAGAGAAUCUUUCACUUGCCCUCAUUGUGAAGAGGGCUUUGCUUCAAAAAGAGACUUUGAUCUGCACAUAAGAGUCCACACUGGAGGAAACAUUUUCACCUGCCCUCAGUGUGGAAAACAGUUUGCAUACAAAGACCGACUUGCAAAGCACAUAAGAACUCACAUUGAAGAGCGCCCGUUCUCAUGUCUUCAGUGUGGAAAGAGUUUUAAACGUAAGGGUGCGCUUAAAACCCACAUGAUAAUUCACACCGGAGAGCGGCCAUACCCGUGUCCUCAGUGUGGACAGAGUUUUAAACAAAGUGGUGCGCUUAAUGAACACAUGAGAAUUCACACUGGAGAGCGGCCGUAUAAAUGUCCUCAGUGUGGACAGAGUUUUAAACAAAGUGGAGCACUUAAUACCCACAUGACAAUUCACACUGGAGAGCGUCCACAUAAAUGUCCUGAGUGUGGAAAGAGUUUUAAACAGAGGGGUCCUCUUACCAUCCACAUGAACAUUCACACUGGAAAGCGGCCAUACAAGUGUGUUCAGUGUGGCCAGAGUUUUAGACAGAGUGGUGCACUAAAUAAACACAUGACAACUCACUCUGGAGAGCGCCCAUACACGUGUCUUCAGUGUGGAAAGAGUUUUAGAAAAAGUGAUGCGCUUAUAACCCACAUGACAAUUCACACAGGAGAGCUCCCAUAUAAAUGCCCUGAGUGUGGAAAGAGUUUUAGACAUAGUAGAAUGUUUAAAAGCCACAUGAACAUUCACACAGGAGAGCGCCCAUACACGUGUGUUCAGUGUGGAAAGAGUUUUAAACAGUCUGGUGCGCUCAAUACUCACAUGAUAAUUCAUUCUGGAGAGCGCCCAUACCCGUGUGUUCAGUGUGGAAAGAGUUUCAGACAGAAUAGUGCACUUACUGUCCACAAGAGAAUUCACUAUAGAGAGAGCCCAAACACAUGUUCAGUGUUCCUGGAGAGAAGUCACACUACAGCAGACAUGUGGAAGAACUCUGGGCCGGUCCGUGGCAUAGGCGACAUAGGUGGUUGCCUAGGGCGCAAAAUGACCGAAGGGGCGCCAGAAAAGAAGAAGAAGAAGAAGAACGCUGUGUUAGAGACGGCGAGUUGCCUAAGAAAAAACAAGAAGAAGAAGAACAUUUAUCUCUUAUCUUUUCCUACAAAUUAUUCUACAAGGGGCUGUAAAAAAAUGGAGAUUGUUAAAGAGGAGAUUGAAGACAUAAGUGUUUCAGAUCCAUGCCAACUGAAAAAUGAAGAUACUAAGGAACAGACAGGUAUGAUGGAACUGAAAGAUGAAAGUGAUGAACUGAAUGGACUGGAGGAGACACAUCAGUAUCAGAAACCUCAUCAUUUCAAACUGGAAGAAAUAUCUUCUGAUUGCUCGAAGAUGCAAAAUACUUCUUCAAAAACAAGGCAAAGCAUGAAAACAAGAGAAUCUUUCACUUGCCCUCAUUGUGAAGAGGGCUUUGCUUCAAAAAGAGACUUUGAGCUGCACAUAAGAGUCCACACUGGAGAAGAGAUGUUCACCUGCCCUCAGUGUGGAAAACAGUUUGCAUACAAAGACAGACUUGCAAAGCACAUAAGAACUCACAUUGAAGAGCGCCCGUUCUCAUGUCUUCAGUGUGGAAAGAGUUUUAAACGAAAGGGUACACUUAAUACCCACAUGAUAAUUCACACCGGAGAAAGGCCAUACCCGUGUCCUCAGUGUGGAAAGAGUUUUAAACAAAGUGGUGCGCUUAAUGGACACAUGACCCUUCACACUGGAGAGCGGCCGUAUAAAUGUUCCCAGUGUGGCCAGAGUUUUAGACAAACAGGUGCGCUUAACACCCACAUGACAAUUCACACUGGAGAGCGCCCACAUAAAUGUCCUGAGUGUGGAAAGAGUUUUAGACAGAGUAAAAUUCUUAAAAGACACAUGACAAUUCACUCAGGAGAGCGCCCAUACAAGUGUGUUCAGUGUGGAAAGAGUUUUAGACAGUGUGAUGCUCUAAAUGACCACAUGACAAUUCACUCUAGAGAGCGUCCACAUAAAUGUCCUGAGUGUGGAAAGAGUUUCGGACUGAGUAGAAUGCUUAAAAGACACAUGAUCAUUCACACUGGAGAGCGCCCAUACACAUGUGUUCUGUGUGGACAGAGUUUUAGACAUUGUGAUGCGCUAAAUAACCACAUGACAAUUCACUCUGGAGACCGGCCACAUAAAUGUACUGAGUGUGGAAAGAGUUUCGGACUGAUUACAAUGCUUAAAAGACACAUGAUCAUUCACACUGGAGGUCGCCCAUACACGUGUGUUCAGUGUGGCCAGAGUUUUAAACAAAGUGGUGCGCUUAAUGAACACAUGACAAUUCACACUGGAGAGCGGCCGUAUAAAUGUCCUGAGUGUGGCCAGAGUUUUAGACAGACGGGUGCGCUUAACACCCACAUGAAAAUUCACACUGGAGAGCGCCCACAUAAAUGUCCUGAGUGUGGAAAGAGUUUCGGACUGAGUAGAAUGCUUAAAAGACACAUGAUCAUUCACUCAGGAGAGCGCCCAUACACGUGUGUUCAGUGUGGAAAGAGUUUUAGACAGAAUAUUGCGCUUAAUACCCACAUGACAAUUCACUCUGGAGAGCGCCCAUAUAAAUGCCCUGAGUGUGGAAAGAGUUUUGGACUGAGUAGAAUGCUUAAAAGACACAUGAUCAUUCACACUGGAGAGCGCCCAUACACGUGUGUUCAGUGUGGCCAGAGUUUUAGACAGUGUGAUGCGCUAAAUAACCACAUGACAAUUCACACUGGAGAGCGUCCACAUAUAUGUCCUGAGUGUGAAAAGAGUUUUAAACAGAGUAGAAUGCUUAAAAGACACAUGAAAAUUCACACUGGAGAGCGCCCAUACAAGUGUGUUCAGUGUGGAAAGAGUUUUAAACAGAGUGGUGGGCUAAGUACUCACAUGAGAAUUCACACAGGAGAGCGUCCAUACACGUGUGUUCAGUGUGGAAAGAGUUUUAAUCAGUGUGGUGCGCUAAGUACUCACAUGAGAAUUCACACUGGAGAGCGUCCAUACCCGUGUCUUCAGUGUGAAAAGAGUUACAAACAGAAUAGUGCACUUACUGUCCACAAGAGAAUUCACCAUAGAGAGAGCCCAAACACAGCUUCAAUGUAAGAAGAUCGCCCAUUUAGCCUCAGACGUCACACCCACGUACCGUUCAUUCAAAGCCAUCAUGGUUCCCAAACCUUCAACAUGUGCUCACAUUCUGGAGAAAGUCUGUUUAUCUGUUAUGAGUGGUCAAACAUGUAUUUUUAAAUAAACACAGAGAAAACCAUGUAAAUGUAAAGUUUGUUUUGUGUAAUAUGUUUUUAUUGAAUGACUAUGGUAAGAACUGCUAUGAAAUACAUAAAGAAGAGAAAUAAGUGCACUCUU